GUCGCCCGGCGGCGGCGGCGCGCUCACGUGACCGUCCCGCAUGGCUGUGGAGGGAGCGGCGGCGGCGGCGGGCGCGUCCCCGUCCCCGUGCUCGUGCCCGUCCCCGCCCGGUGGCAGCAGCAGCAUCGGGAGCGCGCCCGCCGCCUCCCCCAGCAGCACCCGCCCGUUCAUCUGCUCCUUCCCCGGCUGCGACGCCGCCUUCAGCAAGGGCUGGCGGCUGGACGCGCACCUCUGCCGGCACACGGGCGAGAGGCCGUACGUCUGCGGGCAUGAAGGCUGCGGGAAGGGCUUCACCAGGGAGUUCCACCGGGCUCGGCACCUCCUCACGCACAGCGGGGAAAAGCCCUUUGAGUGCACGGCUGAUGGAUGCAAUCAGAAAUUCGGGACAAAAUCAAACCUGAAGAAACACAUCCAACGCAAGCAUGAAAAUCAGCAGAAGCAAUAUGUGUGCGACUUUGAAGGCUGUAACAAGUCUUUCAAGAAACAUCAGCAACUUAAAGUUCACCAGUGUCACCACACCAAUGAACCUCCCUUCAAAUGUAGUCAUGAAGGAUGUGGAAAGAGCUUUGCUACUCCAAGUAGACUAAAACGGCACGAGAAGAUACAUGAAGGCUAUGCAUGCAAGAAAGAAAACUGCUCAUAUAUUGGAAAAACGUGGACUGAGCUUCUGAAACAUAAUAAAGAAAGUCAUACAGAGCCAAUAGUUUGCAGUGAGUGUUCCAAAACUUUUAAACGCAAGGACUACCUCAAGCAGCAUCAAAAAACACAUGCUGUGGAGAGGGAAGUCUGCCGCUGCCCAAGAGAAGGAUGUGGGAGAACUUACACAACUUUAUUUAACCUUCAAAGCCAUAUUCUCUCGUUUCAUGAGGAAAAAAAGCCAUUCUCUUGUGAUCAUCCAGGCUGUGGAAAAGUGUUUGCAAUGAAGCAGAGCCUGGCAAGGCACAUGGUUGACCAUGAUCCUGAAAAGAGAAAGCUGAAAUUAAAAAGUAAACGUUCUCGCCCUAAGAGGAGCUUAGCCUCUCGUCUGAGCGGAUACAUUCCUCCUAAAACACAGCCAGGAAAAGGUGUGGCUGUGACAGAGAGCAAGACAGUGGAUAAACCUGUGGAAAAUGAAAUACCAACUGUUGAAAUUCUGACUCUGCAGUAAAGGCUAAUUGAGACAGUUUUCUUCGUGGAAUGACCAGUGCAAAGCUCAACAAAAAACACUUUAUUUUUUAUUUUUAAAUAAGAAAUUAAUAUUGUUUAUACCUCUUCAUAAAGUCACUGAGACACCCCA